ACCAGUCGCUCUCGGGAACUUAACACGUCGCCAUAUACGAAAGCUCCAAAAGUACAUUUUGAAAAAUGGUUAUUGUGAAGAAUGUGGAAAGUAUUUCAGUGCCCGAAUAUCUAAACGAAGCAUUCUUUGUUGAAACGUUGGAAGAAGGUUUGCGUGAAAGCAAAGUGACAUUGCACGAGAUCAAUUUCGCUUGGGGCAGCAAUCCGGGAGAUAAUUACUGCUCGGCCAUUUAUCGAGUACUAUUGACAUUUUCCCGAUGGGCAGAUGGCGCUGAUUCCCAGAUAGAAGAGAAACUUUCGAUUAUAGUCAAAACAAUUCCCAUCACAGAGGAAACAAAAUUCUUAGAGGAUGUUCAAGUUUUCAUCAAGGAGAAGCAAACCUACACAGAUGUGUUGCCUCGCUUGGAUAUUCUCAGCCGUGGCGACCGAUUCGGAGCCAAGUAUUAUCAUUCAAUAAAGAAACCCGUGCAGACUAUUGUGUUCGAAGAUCUUAAAGUGGAUGGUUUUAAGGUGGCCUCACGCGAGACAGGCUUGGACUGGGCUCAUGCGUCACUCAUUCUUCAGCAGCUGGGCAAAUUCCAUGCUGCAUCUAUGGUGCUGGCCAAGAAGGAUCCAAAAAUUGUUAAGCAAUACCAACGCGGCAUGCUAAGCGGAGAAACUUUGAUGAAAAGUGAUACCUUUGAGAAUAUAUUUGGUGGUUUCCUCAAGGGUCUUAUCAGCGUCACGUCCAGCUGGCCAGGAUACGAGAAGAUUACCGAUCACUUGCAUCGUUUCUCGGACAACUUUAGAGAAGUUUGUGUAGCUGCUUCGAAGCCCAAAUCUGAUGAUCGCUAUAUCGUACUGAAUCAUGGAGAUAUGUGGACAAACAACUUUAUGUAUGCCUAUGAAAAUGUGGAUCAACCUGAAAUUCCCACACGCGCCAUCUUUGUCGACUUUCAAUUGAGCUUUUAUGGCAGUCCCGCUUGCGAUGUGAAUUUCUUUCUAAACACCAGCGUUAAACUAGAGAUACUGCAACAGCGUCGGGAGGAACUGAUCACACUAUACUAUAAGGCAUUUAGGAAUGCAUUGGAAUAUGCACGCUUUGAGCAAAUACCUAGUUAUGAGGAUUUACUCUGGGAGCUGCGUAGCCGAGAGAUAUAUGGAGUUUUUGGCUUGUUUGCCUUUUUACCCAUGAUUACAAUUCCAAAAGAGCUGUCAAACGACUCUAGUAUUGAGAGCAUGCAGGAUGAGGACUUUAAUAAAAAGAAAAUGGAAAUCGUCUUCAAGCAAAAGUUUCUUAAUGACUAUCACAAAUGGGGCCUAAAACGCGCCGAAAAACUGGGUGUCUUUGCUGAUUACUAAACAGAGGCUGGACUCGGGGCUAAAAGAGGCACCAACAUAUACAUAAGCUGAUGUGCAUCUAUAGUUAGAGAGCUCAUUAAAUAUAGUAGUAUAUUUAGAAGGUAUGAGAAGAUAUUGUAUUGGCUGAUUAAAAAGGCACCACUUUUGGAAGCUUCUUUGAGAGAAGUUACCUGCUGGUUCCAGAAUAUUAUAUUAAACAAAAACACGUUCUUAAUGCUGCUCUAUAAAUUUAUUAAAACAUCUGUACAUAUUUACGACUUAAUAAAUUGAGACUUUUUAAA